AUGGCCACGACUAGCAAGCAAUACAAGGCGAUAGGCGAGGACCUCUGGAAGGGCCGCACAGAGAAGAUUAACGCAGAGCUCUUCGCCCUGACGUACGGCGCGCUCGUCGUGCAGCUCAUCCAGGACUAUGAGGACUACGCCGAGGUCAACAAGCAGCUCGAGAAGAUGGGCUACAACAUCGGCACGAGGCUCAUCGAGGACUUCCUCGCGCGCAGCAACAUGGGGCGAUGCGCGGACUUCCGCGAGGUCGGCGAGGUCGUGGCAAAGGUCGGAUUCAAGUCGUUCUUGAACAUAACGCCCAAUGUAACACACGGCGCCCAACCACCCGCCUCAUCUCCGACCCGGACGAGCAUGCCACCACCCCAGGUGAACGCACCUGGCGCGAGCUUCACGCUGACAUUCGAUGAGAAUCCCCUGGCGGAAUUUGUGGAACUACCGGAGGAGGCUCUUGAGGGAGGGCUUUGGUUCAGUAAUGUACUCUGCGGGGUACUGAGAGGGGCUCUGGAGAUGGUGCAGAUGCAAGUCACCGCGACGUUCAUCUCGGAUGUGCUGCGGGGCGACGAGGCGACGGAAAUCCGCGUCACACUUGUAAAAUACCUGGAAGAGGAGGUGCCGGUUGGCGACGACUAGAUACGGCAGUAUGGAUGUACAGUAAUUCCUUCGUAUGAUAUUGCUCCCGCCUCCGACACGGGGCAGCGAGGCUCGUCCACAUAACCGCAGACGCAGGUCCAGGGCCUAGACACCUGAGGGCCCAGGGUGGCACAAAACCAUAACAGCAAGGAGGAACACGAGAGCACACGAAGCGCGACUAGUUGUACCGCUCGACCCUGUUGAGCUUCCUCGCCGUCCGCGCGUUGCUCUGCGUGUUCUGGCCCCUGACGGGCAGGUGCAUCGCGUGCCUCCGGCCGACGUAACUGCCGAUCAUACGCUGGUGCGCGAUGUUCUCCCGCAUCUGCCUGCGUAGGUCCGACUCGAUCUUGAUCUCCCGUAGGCGGUCUGGGGGUGUUGGGACCUCCGUCUCCGGGAGUGGUUGUCCAAGUGCGGGUGGAAUGUAGUUCGGUGCGGCCAGUGCGUGCGGGGCGACCGGCGGGGAGUUUGCGGGGGAGGAAAGGAAGGCCGUGAGGGCGGUGACCUGGGACUGGUUCAGGUUGCGGACUCUGCAUCGCUCGUGAAUUUGCACGCGCGCGCAGAGACGAAGGGCAGUCGUCUUCCCGACGCCGUAGAAGUGCGUCAAGGCAUGUUUGACCAGCUGAUUUUCGGGCAGAAGCACUCCAAGGACAUGCAUGGUGGCGGAGAGCUUGCAGCCAGCGGAUGUGCACGCAGUCGCAGUACCGGUGGCAAGCAGAGGAAACAAGUCUCACUGGCGCCCAUGUCGGCGUUCGCACGACACCU